UGAGCUGCUGCACACAUACUCUCUGUGUGACUUAAAAAAUGUGGAGGAACAAUGGGAGCGCUCCAUCGUAUUCCAAAGCCUUGUCAUCUUUUAAGGAAAGACUGAGAAGAUGUUUCGUGGAUAUCUGCCAUUGCCUCCAGUGAGUCUCCAGUGGACGCCGGCUCCCCAACGAAUCAACACGUCUCGCUCUCGGCCCACGAUGUGAGUGCCGCCCGACGGGUCUCAGCGACAACAGGAUUUUAAACCAUGGCCGUCAGCCAAGCCCUGCGAACUGGUCCGAUCGGCAUCUAGAGCCGCCCACCACAAGAGAGAGACCUCUGGGUGAGCGAGAGCAGGAGUUCAAACGUUCCGACUCUUUAACAUGAGAGCAGCCAGCAGCCCUGCCUGUCUGUCCCCUCUGCUGCUGUGCCUGUGUGUGCUCCAGAGGAGCUAUGGGACCCCUUCGCCGCCCAGCCCCACGUUCACCCACAACCAGACCAAACUGCCCGACAGCGACAAGGACUCGCAUCACCGCCCCAAGCGAGGCUGGAUCUGGAAUCAGUUCUUCGUUUUGGAAGAGCACAUUGGGCCGGAUGCCCAGUAUGUGGGGAAGUUACACUCAAACUCAGACAAAGGUGAUGGCUCCGUCCAAUAUCUACUCUCCGGAGAAGGUGCCGGUACCAUAUUCACAAUCAACGAGUUAACGGGCGACAUUCAUGCAAAGAAAAGCCUGGACAGAGAAAAGAAGAGCCAUUAUGUCCUCCACGCUCGGGCUGUCGACCGCUUCACCAACAGAGCUGUGGAACCCGAGUCCGAAUUCAUCAUCAAGGUCCAGGAUGUGAACGACAACGCCCCUAAAUUCCCAGAUGGCCCCUUUUCAGCCUCUGUGCCUGAGAUGGCAGACAUCGGAACGUCGGUGUUCCAGAUCACUGCCACAGACGCCGAUGAUCCCACCUACGGAAACAGUGCCAAGAUCGUCUACAGCAUUCUCCAAGGGCAGCCUUUCUUCACCGUCGACCCCAAAACCGGUGUCAUCAGGACAGCUUUGCCGAACAUGGACAGAGAAACUAGAGAGAUGUACUCCGUCAUCAUCCAAGCCAAAGACAUGGCCGGCUCUGUCGGGGGUCUGUCCGGAUCCACGACAGUCAACAUCUCACUGGCCGAUGUCAACGACAAUCCACCACGAUUCCCUCAAAAAAACUAUCAGCUGUACGUGCCAGAAUCUGCUCAGGUAGGGAAAGCAGUUGGGAAAAUCAAAGCGAACGAUGAAGACCUUGGCGUCAACGCUGAGAUGACAUACAGAAUUACCAAUGAAGAAGGAGCUGCCAUUUUUUCCAUCUCUACAGACAGUGACAAGAGAGAAGGAGUCAUCUCCCUCAGAAAGCCUCUGGAUUACGAGAAGAAGAAGGCUUACUCUUUGAACAUAGAAGGUGUCAACACCCAUCUGGAUCCUCGUUUUUCUUACCUAGGUUCUUUCAAAGACACCACCACGCUCAAGCUUAUCAUUGGGGAUGUUGAUGAAGCUCCGGUGUUUACUAUGGACUACUAUAUCAUGGAUGUGUAUGAAAAUGCUCCGGCUGGGACAGAGGUUAGCAUGGUAACUGCUCAAGACCCGGACAGCACAAGAAGCAAAGUCAGGUAUUCCAUCGACCAAAAUGCAGAAGGUGAUGCACUUUUCAACAUCGAUGUUGACAGUGGACUCAUUACAACCACCAAGAGUCUAGACCGAGAGGAGGUAGCCUGGCACAACAUCACAGUGAUGGCUUCAGAGAUUGACAAUCCCAAUCUGGUGAGCUAUGUACCAGUCACAGUCCAGGUCUUGGAUGUCAAUGACAAUGCCCCCUAUAUUGCCACAGACAGCGCUCUGGUUGUGUGUGAAGGCUCCAAGGCAGGCCAGGUUAGUUAUCUCCUCUCAGUCUUUUUCGACCUUGGCACAGGCCAUUUUCAAACCUGGCUCUAUUACUUGGUCCAGAGUUCUGUUCUACUCUCUUCUCCAUGUAUUGCUUGUGUCUCCUCUCUUGUAGCCAUCGUGGUUCUGUUUGUCACUCUGCGUAGCAAGAAGAGCAAAAAGGAGCCUCUGAUCAUCUCGGUGGAGGAUAUCAGAGAGAACGUAGUCACGUACGAUGACGAGGGAGGAGGCGAGGAAGACACAGAGGCCUUUGACAUAGCGGCUUUGAGGAACCCCGCAGCAGCCGAGGAGAUGAGGUUGAGGAAGGACCUGCAGUCGGAGGUGUGGAGAGCAAUGGGGACCGAGGCUCUCAGCCCGGCUUUGACCUUACCAGACGAGGACAUUCAUGAGGUGAUUAAGCUCAAGGUGGUUGAGGCCGACCGAGACACGAGCGGCCCUCCGUACGAUUCUCUUCAGACUUACGCUUACGAGGGCCGCGGCUCCCCGUCCGGCUCCAUCAGCUCACUGGACCUGCCGGAGCCCCAGACGGAGCUGGACCUCAGUGAGGUAGACAAAUGGGGCCCUGAGGUACAAGUACUGAGCAGAGUAGGCCAGCACCACGUCCCAUAAUGGCUGCGCAUGUUCUGUAAACCAGAAGUUGUGUGUCGUUUCCCUGGUGUCUGGUCAAAUGGGACUGCAGUGAAGACUGAAGUUUUUUUUUUUUUUUCUCUCAUCCAGUUUUGCUGUG